AUGAAGUUUAUAGAUCAGUGGAAAUAUGAAAAAGGAAUAGUUGAUUUCCUGUCACAAGAGGCUGAUCGUGAAAGUCUGGUCCUCCUUUUGAGGUCAUGUCUCCUAUGGUUUACUCUCAAAGCAAAAGUAGCAGAUCAGCAGCCGAAAGGAUACAAACGCACUACAGACAGACUUGUAAAGACACUAGGGAUGACUAAACCACUGAUGCCGAUGAAUGUGGUGUCAAAGUUUGGAGUUACUAAGAAUUUUAUUGUGUAUAAGUUUUACUUCAGUGUUAAACAGAAAGCAACAACCUCUCCUCUUUGGUCAUCUGCUAGGCAGCUGCGAAGCAGAAACCAAGCACAAGCCCAAGCAGUGUUUGUAGAUCUGGAACCCAUGGUCAUUGAUGAAGUUUCCUCUGGCACAUACCAUGAGCUCUUCCACCCUGAGCAGCUCAUCAUGGGUAAGGAAGAUGCUGCCAAUAACUAUGCCCGAGGGCACUAUACCAUUGGCAAGGAGAUCCUUGACCUCAUGUUGGGCCAAAUUCAUAAACUGGCCAACAAGUGCACAGGUCUUCAGGGCUUCUUGUUUUUCCACAGAUUUGGCAGGGGAACUGGUUCUUGGUUCACCUCCUGGCUCACGGAAUGUCUCUCUUUUGACUAUGGUAGGAAAUCCAAGCUGGAGUUCUACCCAGCCCUUCAGAUUUCUACACUUGUACUAGAGCCCUAAAAUUCCACCCACACCACCCUGGGGCACUCUGAGUAUGCCUUCAUAAUAGACAAUAAGGCCAUUUAUGGCAUCUGUUGUAGAAACCUUGAUAUUAAGUGAGCACCCUACACUAACCUAAAUAGGUUCAUAGGCCAAAUUAUGUCCUCCAUCACUGCUUCCCUGAGAUUUGAUGGAACCCUAAAUAUUGAUAUGACAGAACUCCAGACCAACCUGUGGUCCUAUCCCUGCAUCCACUUCCCUCUGGGCAUCUAUGUCCUCAUAUGGUUUAGCUCUGUGUCCCCACCCAAAUCUCAUUUUGUAGCUCCCAUAAUCCCCAUGUGUUGUGACAAGGACCUAGUAGAAGAUGAUUAAAUCACGGAGAUGGAUAUUUCUGGUGCUGUUCUCGUGAUAGUGAAUAACUCUCACAAGAUC